AUUCCCACAAACUCGCUAGCGGCGCUCACAAAGAAUUCUAACAUUUCCGGGCGCAUCAUCACCAAGUGUCUUCCUUUCCUUAUCACCCAACCCUAACCACCAGCCAGGAGAGUGUCACCAUGUCGACGAAGCCCACAACCAAGACGUUCGGGAAGUCGACCCGGGAGGUUCCCGCUCCCUCGGAGAAGGCCAAGAAGUGGUACAGCGCCGAAGAUGAUGCCGAGAGCAAGAAGGUCCGCAAGGCCGUCCGAUCUUGGACUCCCCGCAAGUCCCUCGAGGCCGGCACUGUCCUCAUCCUCCUCGCUGGCCGUUUCCGUGGCAAGCGUGUCAUCCUCCUGAAGACCCUUGACCAGGGCGUCCUCCUCGUCACCGGCCCCUUCAAGAUCAACGGUGUUCCCCUCCGCCGAGUCAACUCCCGAUACGUCAUCGCCACUUCCUACAAGGUCGACAUCUCUGGCCUCGAUGAGAAGAAGAUCGAGGAGAUCUCUCAACCCAAGUACUUCACCGCCGAGAAGUCCAAGGAGAAGGCCGGCGAGGAGGCCUUCUUCAAGCAGGGAGAGAAGCCCCAGAAGAAGGAGAUCAACAGCAGCCGUGCUGCCGACCAGAAGGCCAUCGACAAGGCCCUGAUCGCCAACAUCAAGAAGGUGGACCUGUUGGCUAGCUACCUCGGAAGCUCCUUCAGCUUGCGAAAGGGUGACAAGCCCCACGAGAUGGCUUGGUAAACAUGUGCAUCUUACGCCGGGGCUGGGGGAGUACCAGGGUUGCGACGACGGGUUGUAGAACGGGAAGGGUCUCCGAAAUGGGCUGGUUUGGCCAAUUGCAUUUGGAAGUCGACGGCAUCGGUCACAUUUUGGCGUCUGUAAUCAGGUUUUACAGUCAAAAAACAAACGAGCAUACAAAAUCUACCAGGCUUCCGGUGAGAGGCUCUCAUGAUAAACAACCUUUCGGAGCAUCAAUAUUCUUUCCUGGGGUGAAAAAAAAACAGAACGCGAGCAACGUAUGGGCACACUCUCUGAACCGGCCUGGGCUGGACAUUAGGGUUGGAUUUGAGAUAAAGAUUCAAGAUUCAAGAAUGUGUGUCUCGGGCUGGCGGAAUUAUCAUCAACUAUUGUGGUGGUGAAACAUUUUGUCGCGAAUCGGCUCCGAAAUAGCAUCAUGGCUU